AUGAGUGCCAGAGCAAGUAUCAAGACUCACAACACUGGUGAUGACCUACUCAAAGCUUCAAGAAAUGCAUCUGCCUACUUUGAACGAUUUGACAGGGCCAGUCUACAAGAUGCAGCUUCACGUCGCUCCACUGACUGGCUGCUCUCUGAGGCAGCUGCUAUGAUGGCCUCCCCUGAUGCUUCUCUACCGCUGAUCAAUGGUCUACAAGAACCUUCAGAGGAGGAGCAAGCGUAUACACUUCUGAUGCCCUGGCCUAAAUCUCUGGUGGGCAGCAAGCCACUGUAUAUACAAGACCUCCACCAGAUCACAAGGGAGCUGACGGAUGGAAUAUUUGUUUUCAACCAGAUGCCAUCCAUAAGUCUCGACAGUAACAGCGAUGGUACUACCUCCUGUUCCAUUCCCUCUGCCUACCAAGACACUCUUAUCGGCUGCACAAUGCUCAAUGUCGAUUAUUUCAUCAAGUCCCUUCUCCAUGGCACUACUGUCAACGGCAAAGAUAAACGAGGGAAGCUUCUUGAAGAGUGGAAAAGAUUGACGCAAGGAAAGAUCAGAAAUCGUUUUGAGGAGUUAGGUCUCACCAAGAUCAUUCACGACGAAGAACUUGGUAGCAAAGUUUACCAGGAAGAGAAUGUCCCGUUUAUUCGUUUUCCCCCGCAUUUCCUGGAUACUCAUUUGGCCCAAGCUCAACUCCAGCCGAGACUGAGUACAAGCGAGGAUCAUAGCCAGCAUCUGGAUCACAUGGGCAGGGACAUGUUCCUACGAUAUCUAGAUCACGUCAGUAUUGGACUUGUUUUCUGGCAGAAGUCCGUUCAACAACACGGGAAAUAUCUCAUUUUGGAGCCAACAUUUGAUGUAACGACUAGCGUGCUUGCCACUCUCAAAGAAACCAAUCCGAAACAUUUGGCAUAUUUACACAGCUUCCUACAGAAGCAGCGAGACUUUAUUGUCCGCCAUUUGCAAACGAAACGUCAGAUUUCGUACGAAGUGCAGCUCCUUGGAUUUGCCUCCUUCAUGCUUCCACUUCUAAUCUCACUCAAGAAACAGAACAAGAUUGUCGACGUUUCUCAACUUCUUCCGAGGCUAUCUAAGGACAUCCUGCGAACGGAUCGUGAUCUGCCCCCAACGUUUCCUAGUAAGGAGUCGCGAUGGUCGCCCUACACAGCAGAGAGCCAUCACUGCACUCUACACGGUGGAGUACGCUUCCAAACCAUACCAUUGACAAUUGACCCCCCCUCACUACCCCCUGCUGAGCUGACGAGUCUAGAGGGGGGUCUGUGCUCGCCCCCCACAGAGGAGGAGCUGGCGUGCUGUGAUCUGGGGGGUACUCAAUACUAUGGUCUCAGUCUCAGCUUUGAGAGGUUCUAUCUGCAGACACCCAAACAACCCAGAUGGGUCCAUGCCAUGAUGGCUGAGCUGCGAUCACAAUCUGCUCGUCAACCGGCCCUCACUGAAUCUCGAGUUCAAGACCUCCUCCGAAAACUACUCGGUCCUCGCCAAGUCUCGACUGCUAAGAACAAUAUAGCCCUCCUCCAGUUAAGUAUAGAGAAAGGACUUCUCUCGGCUGUGACCUCACUGCUCAAGCGGUGCACACAGACACGCUUGAAUAAGACUGAUGAGAAAGGCAUGUCCUUGUUACACUACGCUGCAGUGAAUGGUCACAGUGAUGUAGCAUCAGCUUUAUUACUCAGUGGUUGCAAUGUCAGUCAAGUUGUGGGCGAUCCAUGUACUUACCCGAAAGAAACGCAAUCCAUUCAUCUAGCUAGCCAAUCUGGUGGGCUGGACACUGUAUGCUGCUUGCAACACUACGGAGCUGAGCUAGGAGCUAAAGACGGUAAUGGAUGGGCUCCAAUUCAUUACGCCGCUUUCCACAACUACCAAGCGAUUGUCAGUCAUCUUAUCUCUGCCGAUGAAUCGUUUCUCGAGCUAACUACAGCGGACAAAGCAAGCUCCACCCCACUUCUACUAGCCGCUCAGAAUGAUUGUUACGAUACCUUCAAGAGGCUUGUCGACUUUGGAGCCACUCUCACAGUAACCAAUGGUUUCAGCCUCUCUCCAGUGCACAUGAUUGUACUACACCAUCACGUUAAACUACUCGAGUACCUCAUCAGCAUUCAGAGCGCUAACUCUAACAUUUGGGAAGUAUUUGUCGAGAUGCUAUCGAGUGAUUCGUCAGAACAUGCCCUGUCAGCUGCUAGGAUUUUAGACGCUCUCACGAGGAAAGUUGCUGGUCAAGUUGAUCGAGUUAUCGAAUACAACGUGAUAUCGCUCCUUGUGAAGCUGCUCAAGAAAGAAAAUGGCUUAAAACGGAUGUCUAUUCAAGUAUUGUCCAAUUUAUCGAACCUUGAACCUGUCAAGACGGCUCUACUAGAGUCCGAUGCUAUCCCAAGUGUAGUACCUCUGUUAGCCUCUAGCAACGAUCGUGUGCAAGCCUCCGCCUGUUUGGUGCUCUCUGAUCUUGGAUUUAAUGCGGAUAAUCGAGAAGUCAUUGCUAAAGCUAAAGCUCUACCUCAUCUCGUUAAGCUAUUGAAAUCGGAACAAGAUGAUGUUCGGACGUUUGCCUGUGCCUGUGUGGGGAUCCUGUGUACGGAUCAAGCGUCCAAUCAGAAUGCAGCGUCAGAGUUGUCGGUGACGCCCAUCCUUAUAUCGUUACUUCAAUCUCGUCAGUCGUGCCUCCAGGGGUGUGCGGCACAUACCAUACGGUGUCUGGUCAAGGAUAACCAUGGCAACCAGAUGCUUGCUCUCACGGAAGGUGCUGUACCUCAUCUAGUGGCUCUUCUCCGCUCUCGUGACCCUCCAGUACACAAUAGUGCUGCUCAAGCCAUCGAAGCCAUCGCCGCUAACUGUCAACCAGCUCAGAAAGAGUUAAAAGAAGACCCUCAUUGCAUUGAGCUAUUGAAACGACUGCUCAGAAUGCGUGCCCCCACGGUGAAGGUGUGUGGGGGGUGUGCCCUGUGGGAGAUAGCCGGGGAACUGAUCAGUAAUAAACGCUAUAUUGCCGCUCAGAUAGGACUAGCUCUAUUGGUGGACAUGCUCAUCGUAAACCAUGAGAGAUUGAACUACGUCUGCUCCGAAGCUUUGGGCUGUUUGGCAAGCGAAUUGGGCGAUAAUCAGCUCGAAAUUCUCAAAGUUGGGGGUGUGAAACCACUACUAGAUGUACUGUCAUCGCCGGCUUCACAAAAAGUCUGUCUGAGCGUUAUUCACACUCUGGCUGCAAUCUGCAUGAAGCCAGCUCUCGUACCAAACGCAGAAACACAGAGGAAGAUUGGUACCGCUCGAGGGGUGGAUAUACUCGCUGCUAUAGUAUCGUCCAAUCAAGUUUGUGAGAUUGUGCGCGUGGAAGCGGCUUGUGCACUGGCUAAACUGGUUCUCGACAAUAAAGAAAACGAUAGUUUGCUGGCUAGACAUCGUGGUUUCUCCUAUCUCACAGUGUUCAAGUUUUUGUCAUCUUCCGACUCAUCAGUGAGAUUGCUGGGUGGAUACUGUCUCUCUGUGAUGGCUUUUAACAACCCCAAAAAGAUUGAGAAGUUGAAAACAAUCGGUUCUAUUCACAUUUCGAAUUUCAGACCUUUUCUCGAUUCGAAAGAGGAAUUUCACAAAGUACAUGCUGCCUUUCAAGUGGUUGUUCUGUCCAAGCUACUGGUUGGUGUCCGCUCUGUAGACAUUGCCGUGAGGGGACUCCGCCUUUUAUCUGACCUUUUGACCUCUGAGAUGGAGAGUAUCAAAGUUCAAAGUGCAGAGUUUAUCGCUAGUUUAGCCCACACUGGUGAAGGGAUCCCCAACACUCUUGUUUUGGCAGGAAGUCUGGAACAUUUGAUGAGAAAUCUCGCUAACGGAAGUGGACCUGUCAGUGAAAACUGUGCCGUAGCAUUGGGGUAUUUCACAUUUAACCCCUUAGCUGCUCGAUUUAUUACGGGAAUGUUCCGCGAUUCUCCCGAGCUGUACGACAAGUUCAAGUGUCACGUCGGUACGAUUGUUGUGUCUCACAAAUUCCUGACUAACUGGAGUUAUAUUGCUGACUUGGGACUCCCUGCAUUGAGUUUGACAGUGAGAGGUGGUCCCUCCGUAGCUACAGGGAGACGAGUGCAGUCACCAACACCAGGUAACGAGCACCCCCAGCAGAGCCGUCGAGAGAGCAGGGACUCACGGCAACAGCAGAGCAUUCAAUUUGGUCACAAUCGAAUGACUCAUAAAUUUGACAAGAAAGUUGAAGUCAAUUUCCUCGCGAAUCGGAAGACUUCACUUCCGGUGGAAUCUGGAGCACGAGUUGUACUUCCUGCGAAACGACGACAAACUAUAGCUGGGACUCUAGGGGUUAAAAAUUCUGACCAAAGAACAGUGACUCUUCAGAGUUUAGCAAUCAAACAUGAUAUAGCAUAAUCUGUAAUUUCUGUGUAGCUAAUUUUUGGCAUUAGUUUUAAUUCUUAAUUAUUGUUCAUUUUUCGGUUUUUUAUUUACAUUGUCCAUGCAAUGACAUAAUUAUAUAAACUGUAACCCAACUUUAAAUUUAUUCAUGAAACAAAUUUAACAA